AUGCCCUCCACUCGCAGAAUAUCAAUGAUCGAGAAGGAGCAGUACAUACAAGUUCUACGAUCCCACCAAGUCAACACCGUAGUCGAGCUGCGCCGCAUCGAGAAAGUAUUUGCAGUGCUAGGCACUCCCGAUGUCAGCGAGCCUAUGACAGCUGCUUGGUCAUACUACGUGACCUACCACAGCUUGCUAACCGAGCUACGUGCACUGACUAAGAACUAUCCCUUCAGCUCGGAGUGUUUAGAAGAGGCAAAACGUCGCGUCUACACUGAUCCCGCAUCCAACCGCUCGUGGAACUUGUGCUGGUUGGUCCUUAACAAGAUCGAGACCGAUCAACUCAUUCCGCACUAUGCUUGUCACCAGGCGUCACAACGGUCAAUGUGGGGAGGUUGCACUCCUUCGCCAGAUCAAGUCACUCUUCUCACCAAUGCUUUUGUAGUAGAGUGGAACUGGGCUAUGGGCCAGAUGUUGCGUCACUGGGAGCAGCCACCAACACGAUAA